AUGUGGGCUGUUGUGUUGGCACUGUUGAGCCUGGUAGUGGGCCUGCUGUACCAGUGUGUGCGACGGCACUACAGCAGCUGGCAGAGGUUGGGCGUGGAUGAGGAGCCAGCCAAGAUCCCAAUGGGCAUACUGGACACCGUGAUGAAGCAGGAGAGGAGUCUGGGCAUGGCCCUCAGCGACAUAUACAAGCGGCACACGGGCAAGCUCGUCGGCAUCUAUUUGAUAAACAAGCGGAGUAUUUUGGUGAGAGAUGCGGUGCUUGCGCGCCAGAUUAUGACCAGCGACUUUGCCAGCUUCCACGAUCGCGGCGUCUAUGUCGACGAGAAGAACGAUCCGCUGUCCGCUAACCUCUUCAAUCUGAGGGGAGCCUCGUGGCGUAACCUGCGCAACAAGCUGACGCCAUCGUUCUCGUCCGGCAAGAUCAAGGGAAUGUUCGCCACCAUCGACGAUGUGGGGGACAAGUUGGUGCAGCAUUUGAAGGGUGUGCUGGAGGAGGCGGGGCCCAACAGCGAAGUCGAGAUGAAGGAGCUGAUGACCACCUAUGCGGUGGACAUCAUUGGAUCGGUGAUCUUUGGCCUGGAGAUCGACAGCUUCAGCAAUCCCAACAACGAGUUUCGAGCCAUCAGCAGCGAGGAGGCUUCGAGCAAAUCUCUUCUGCUCAAGAUCCAUAACAUGGCCAUGUUCAUUUGUCCACCGAUUGCCAAGCUAAUGAACCGCCUGGGAUAUGAGAGCUCCAUCCUCACCGCUCUCCGGGACAUGAUGACGCGCACCAUCGAGUUCCGGGAGCGCAACAAUGUGGUACGCAAGGAUUUGCUGCAGCUGCUCAUCCGGCUGCGCAACACUGGCAAGAUCGGCGAGGAUGACGACGAGGUGUGGGAUAUUGAGACGGCUCAGGAGGAGCUCAAGGCCAUGUCCAUCGAGAAGAUCGCGGCACAGGCCUUUCUCUUCUACGUCGCUGGAUCAGAGUCGACUGCGGCCGCUGCUGCUUUCACUCUGUACGAGCUGGCCAUGUACCCGGACCUGCUGAAGGAGGCACGCGACGAGCUGGACGCCGUCGUUCAGCGCCACAAUCUCCGGCGCACAGACAAACUCACCUACGAGGCGGUGCAGGAUCUCAAGUUCUUGGAUCUCUGCCUGAUGGAGACCCUUCGCAAGUAUCCUGGCCUGCCCUUCCUCAAUCGAGAGUGCACCGAAGACUAUGCCGUGCCGGGCACCAGUCACACCAUCACCCAGGGCACACCCAUUCUCAUCUCGCUAUUUGGCAUUCAUCGGGACCCUGUUUAUUUUCCCAAUCCGGAAGGCUACGAUCCGCAUCGCUUCGAUGCGUCUAACAUGAACUAUAACCAGGCGGCCUACAUGCCCUUUGGAGAGGGUCCCAGGCACUGCAUUGCUCUACGAAUGGGUAAGGUCAACUCCAAGGUGGCAGUGGCCAAGAUUCUGGCCAAUUUUGAUCUGGUUCAAGCACCGCGCAAGGAGGUGGAAUUCCGUUUCGACGCUGCUCCCGUUAUGGUGCCCAAGGAGGGGCUAAAAUUAAGAUUGACCAUACGAAAGUAGCAAGUGGAGUGAAUGUGUAAAUAACGCAGCUAACCCCAACGUUACGUAAUGAAUUACGCGUCACUUACUUUCAUAUUUCUCUUAAAUAAACAAAGUGAAUUAUCAACUGUCCACAAACAAACAUAA